AUGACUCCUUUCCAAGCUCUUUAUGGCUUUCCUCCUCCUAUGGUGGCAGAAUCAGCUCUGCCAGACACUAUUUGUGAGGAUAAUGAGAACUUGUUGCAAAAUAGAGAAUUAGCAGUGGAAGUAAUAAAGCAAAAUCUCAUAAAAGCACAAGCUAGAAUGAAAUUCUUUGCUGACAGAAACAGGAAAGAAAGAGAGUUUGUGGUUGGAGACAUGGUUUAUCUCAAAAUCCAGCCUCACCGACAUACAUCUCUCAGUUUGCACAGACACAUCAAACUACACUUCAAGUUUUAUGGACCAUUCAGAGUUCUGAGUAAAAUUGUGAAUCAUGCCUACAAAUUGCUUGUACCUGAGGACUGCCAGUUGCAUGAUACCUUCCAUGUCAGCCAGCUCAAGAAACAUAUUGGCCCAAAGGUGGUGCCCUCCUCCAAACUUCCCUUGGUGGGAACUGAUGGCACGAUCAUAAUUGAGCCUGAAGCAAUCCUGGAAAGAAAGCUCAUUCCAAGGAAGCAAGAGCUUAAGGACAAGCUCGAGCUCAAUUGGGGGGCAUUGUCAAGCCCAAGUCUGAAUAUCCCAUCUUUCUACGUGCCAGUUAAUCCUACAGCCGUCCAUCUCGCAUCCUGUGGUCAUGAGCCAAAGCUACUGUAA